GCCUGCCUGCGCUUGCUGCUUCUCAGGCCGAGGCGGGCUCCGGGAGCGGGGCCUGCCGAGCUCGGCACGGGAGCGCCCAGGACAGAGCAAGACCGCUGGUGCUUUAGAGAGACAAGGGAGGAGAUAAGCCCGCACCUUUGCCUCUUCAAAGAAAUUAUUAACACUUUACAUGAUUUAAGCACUUGGAGACAGCUUUCUAAUCGCCUGAAAAAAGGGGAAAUGGAGGAAGAUGUGACUUUAGAAACUGAAGCUGAGAGAGAGAAAGUUAGAUCAAAUGCUGCUCCCAAGAUCAACCGCCAGAUUUCAAUUAGUGAAUUUUCUUGCCACUGCUGUUAUGAUAUUCUGAUCAAUCCCACUACCUUGAACUGUGGGCAUAGUUUCUGUAGACACUGCUUAGCCUUCUGGUGGUUGUCUUCUAAAAAGAAUGAAUGUCCAGAAUGCAGAGAAAAAUGGGAAGGAUUCCCCAAGGUCAACAUCCUCCUCAGGGAUGCUAUUGAAAAGCUAUUUCCUGAUGUCACUAAACAGAGAAGAGAAGACAUUCUGCAAAAUAGUGAGAUAACUCGCAGUCUAACAGCCUUUCAGAAAUAUGGGAAUGAUCAGAUUCCUACAGCAGCAAAUGCAGUAAGAACUAAUCCUCGAGGAGGGGGCUUUUUCUCAGGAGUUCUGACAGCUUUAACCUGUGUGGCAGUGGUUUUAUUAGUUUAUCACUGGAGCAGCAGAGAAUUUGAAGAUGAUCUUCUUGUCCACAAGCCUGUUGCUAAAUGGACUACUGAGGAGGUGAUUCUUUGGCUGGAACAGCUGGGUCCAUGGGCUUCCCAUUACAAGGAGAGAUUUGUAUUGGAGAGGGUGAAUGGAAGACUACUCCUUACACUAACAGAUGAGGAGCUCACAAAGGCUCCUUAUAAUAUCCAGAACAAUAGCCAUAGAAAAGCUAUUCUAAUGGAACUGGAACAAGUCAAAACAUUAGGAGUUAAACCACCACAGAACCUAUGGGAAUACAAGGCAGUAAAUCCAGGAAAAUCAUUGUUUUUGCUGUAUGCACUAAAGAGCUCUCCGAGACUUAGUCUGUUGUAUCUAUACUUGUUUGAUUACACUGAAACAUUUCUACCUUUCAUCCAUACAAUAUGUCCUGUGCAAGAAGAUGAACAUGAAGAUAUCAUCACAAAACUAUUAGACCGUACAGAUCCUACUUGGAAACAGUGGAGAGAAUUCAUUGUUAAGUACUUACUUUUGCCAUACCAAUUAAUAGCUGAAUUUGCCUGGGAUUGGCUUGAGGUGCACUAUUGGACAUCGAGAUUUAUAAUUGUCAAUGCCAUGCUGCUCUCUGUUCUGGAAUUAUUUUCAUUUUGGAAGCUCUGGUCAAGAAGGAAACUGAAGACUAUUCCUCAUAGAAUGUGGAGCCACUUCUGGAAAGUGUCUACCCAGGGACUUUUUGUUGCCAUCUUUUGGCCCUUUAUUCCUCAGUUUGUCUGCAACUGUUUGUUUUACUGGGCUCUGUACUUUAAUCCAAUUAUAAAUAUUGAUCUUGUGGUAAAAGAAAUAAGACGUCUGGAAACAUAAGUGCAAUGAUCAAUGUUAAAACUUUCUUCAGAAGUCAAUAUCUGAGCCAUUUUGAUGUCUGAAGUCUGACAUUUGAAAGAGAAAUAUUGCUUCUUUUCCUUCCUUAAUGCAGUGUGGAAAGUGCUGAUUUUUGUUGAUUAAAAAAAUUGCCUUAAGGUAAGUCACUUUCAUGCAGGGGGUACAAUAACUAUAAAGGUAGACUUUGUCCUUAGGUCGCUUUGCCAUAAUUGAGAAGGACAUUAUUCUUUUAUGGGCUGGUUUAAAAUAGCUGAAGACAUGUUUUUGGUUAGGGGAGUCGAUUGUUUUCUACUCCAGUAUUUGAGAAAUGUAUUUGUCAUGUUCUUGGAUAGGACCUUUACCUUCUACUCUCUAAGUUAGUGAGCUGUACUGUUUAUAACUUAACAUUCCCUUGGAGGUAGAGGGAACAGUGAGCUGAAGCUUAUGUAUGACAGAGUGAGCUGCUGAUUUCAUUAAUGGGUCUGAUAUUGAAGUAUAUCAGGUUUAGAUUUGGUUUCACAUACUGAGAUGCUUCAGUCAAAUGCACAAAUCUGUCAUAGUGUUUAUUCAGUUAUUUCUUCUGUUUCAGCCAUAGACAACAGAAAGGGUUUUCUUUGCAUUCCAAAUCUUUUAAUUAAGCUAUAUUAUUCAGGCAUGCUAAAUUUUAUCAAGAGCUGACUUAAUUUCUGAAACAACUUUGAAGAGAAAGCACUAUCAGAUAAACUAAAUUCAGGUAC